UGGAGUCCAGGGAGGCUGCCUGCAGCUGUUGGCCAUGAGGUCAACCCAAAGAAGUGAGCAUCCCAUCUCCUUCCUUUUUCCUCACCCAAAAGUCAUUUCCUCUUAGUUCAUCACCUGGGAUUUUGAGGCCUCUGUUCCCUCAGCAUUAUUGAUACACACAGAAAAAAAAAAAAAAAAAAAGAAGGAACUUCUUGAAAUUCCCCCAGAAGGUUCUGAGAGUUGUUUUCAGUGUUGCAACUCGGAACAAGUCAGUUUCUAGUUUAAGUACUCCAUCAGGAGCAGGGUAUAUAAGCUCCUGCAACAGCAGCAGCCGCAGAAACAACGGUGUCAGACCCAGCAAACUUUGAGCCUGGCCAGAAGCAAGAUGCAGCCUCCACCAUUCGCCAUCUCCUGGUUUUCCCUGGUUUUGCUGGCAUCUCCCCUCGGGGCCAUAUGGGAACUGGAGAAAAAUGUUUAUGUUGUAGAGGUGGACUGGUACCCCGAUGCCCCUGGAGAAAUGGUGGUCCUCACCUGUGACACUCCCGAAGAAGAUGGCAUCACCUGGACCUCAGACCAGAGCAGUGACGUCUUAGGCUCUGGCAAAACCUUGACCAUCCAAGUCAAAGAGUUUGGAGAUGCCGGCCAGUACACCUGUCACAAAGGAGGCCAGGUUUUGAGCCAUUCGCUCCUGCUGCUUCACAAAAAGGAAGAUGAAACUUGGUCCACUGAUAUUUUAAAGGACCAGAAAGAACCCAAAAGCAAGACCUUUUUGAAAUGUGAGGCAAAGAACUAUUCCGGACAUUUCACCUGCUGGUGGCUGACAGCCAUCAGCACUGGUUUGAAAUUCAGUGUCAAAAGCAGCAGAGGCUCCUCUGACCCCCAAGGGGUGACAUGUGGAGCAGUGACACUCUCAUCGGAGAGAGUCCGAGUGGACCACAGGGAGUAUAAGAAGUACACGGUGGAGUGUCAGGAGAGCAGUGCCUGUCCAGCUGCCGAGGAGGUCCUGCCCAUUGAAGUUGUGGUGGACGCUGUUCACAAGCUCAAGUAUGAAAACUACACCAGCAGCUUCUUCAUCAGGGAUAUCAUCAAACCAGACCCACCUAAGAACCUGCAGCUGAAGCCAAUGACAAAUUCUCGGCAUGUGGAGGUCAGCUGGGAGUACCCUGACACCUGGAGCACCCCACAUUCCUACUUCUCCCUGACAUUUUGCAUUCAGGUCCAGGGCAAGAACAAGAGAAUAAAGAAAGAUAGACUCUUCGUGGACCAGACCUUAGCCAAGGUCAUGUGCCACAAGGAUGCCAAUAUCCACGUGCAAGCCCGUGACCGCUACUACAGGUCAUCCUGGAGCGAAUGGGCAUCUGUGCCCUGCAGUUAGGCUCUAAUCCCAGGAUGAAACCUUGGAGGAAAAAUGGAAGAUAUUAUGCAAAAGUUUUUAAAGAUCCAGUGUACUAAGCCCCAAAAGAUAUUUUCUACCUAAUUUGCUUUUUUUAAGGGUCACGACGAUAUCUUUACUAUAUUUCCAUAUUUAAAUACUAAAUACCCACUGAAACAACCAGCUAAUUUAUUUAUGUAUUUUCCAGCUAGCAGUCUUACCACUGACCUUAAUGCUAUUUUAAUAUUUAAGUAAUUUAUGUAUUUAUUAAUUUAUUACCGUUAUUUCACAUUUGUGUGCCAAGAUGUAUGCUUCAUAGUCUCACCAGCUGAUCCAUAAGGAAUGGGCACUAUUAUGCAGAAUAUGAAUCUAUAUGUUAUUUAUACUGACAGCUUUUCAAACGAGGCUGCAAGUGCCUCAGUUUUAUGAGAAUCAGGAAGAGCACAGUGUUCUGGUGUCAGCACCACAAUAUAUUCAUGAUGGAGGAGAACACCAGAGAGUCACACGAAGGGACAGGGAGAUGCAAGCCCAUGAGGAGGUCCCAGGUUCUGUAUCCACGAAGACUUCCUCAAAGUGGUUGGUUUUGAUAAAGCAAUGCUGGGCCAUGGGCACUUGUAAGCAUAUUUAGUCUUCGGAUGCCUAAACAUUUCUGAAACUGGAGUUUCAGCUUACUAAAGCAGUAGUGAGACAUAGGACAGUGACACGGAGAUAUCAUAAAUGUCUAGAAAGUGAAAAGAUCUUAUGAUUCUAAAGGAAGGACAAGUGUAGUAUGGUCAAAGCCAUGAAAUUGUCUGAAUUGCCAAUGCUCACAAAAAAAGCAGACAGAUGCAGAGAAAAUGCUUACUGGUCAGUGUGAGUGAAGCCUGACGAGUAAAUGUGACCAGAAAAUGCCAAUCCACUAAGGUGUUAUCUUUAAGUAAUGAAUGUGCUUCCUGUAAAGGGAUUCUAUUUGUUUUCUGUUUACUUAUGUUUACAUUCCAAGAAUGGACCAAUAAAAAUAUAACUCUUCUUUG